CUAAUCGAGUAAAGCUAAUGUAGCGAAAGGACCAUUGCCAGACACCUGCAUGACACGGCCACAAGUCAGCAAGGUUUUUCGUCUCUCGGAAUGCACUUGCCUGUGUGAUUGGACAGUAUGACAGCCCUUGAAGUGUCAUGGCAUGCCUUGUGGCAUGCUCGACGACGCUCUGAUGGUAGUUCCCAUUGAUGUCUCCAUGCACAGGAUCGCAAGUGAAGAACCACUCCUUCUCUCCCAUUCCAUGGUCGAAACAAAAUUACACAAAACACCAAAUGGCGAUGUCCUGCAUGUCUUCCAGGGAGAGCUUAUCUUCGCCGCACAUGUUGUUGUUGAUAGCAUGCUAUCCACAAUAGGUGGCUAUCUGUGUUUGAUGGUGAGUUGAACAACAGAACACCGAGCAAGGCACCUUAUCAAGUGUGUUGCCGUAUACAGAUUUUGUACACUCAAAGGAGCAAUUCUAUCUAUUCGACUCACCUGCUGCGCGUAAAUUUCACGGAUGUUACCGUGUAUCGCAUGCAUCUGACGAUUGUGGCGUCGGCGGUGACGUCGGUUGUGGCGUUUCAGCGCUCGCAGCGCUCUUUCAAUUCUCUCCAACUCUACAUACACAACGACACAUCACUUUGUCUCUCUCUCUCUCUCUGUGUCCCACCUCGCAUCUUGAGCGUGGCCUCAUAUCUCACUAAACAAUCCACUCUGCCCACCACAUUCAGAAGGAAAGACACCUGAAAUUCACAUACAUACACACGCACGUGCGGACAGUAUAGCCAUGCAUACAAAUGUUACGCCGAGUGUUUAUCGUGAAUAGUUGAAAGACAGACCUGACAGAAAGAUGACCAAAACGUGUGGCCACACCCGGCGACCACCACCAGCUCAGCAGCUACUACACCGACAUAUGGGAUUGCUCUCAU